UCUUUGUUAAAAGUUUUAUGUAUUUGUCUGGAUUUGCAUUGAUGUUUCGAUUUUGUGAACUGAAAUAGCUUGGUUAAAACUGGUCGGUUAGGCUUUAUUAUUUUGCCUAAUUAGCUUUUUUGAUGUGGCCGGUUUAAGGCUCGGACAACUGUUAUGUUUGCGCAUUCGUAUGAUAAUGCGACUUUACUGUUUUCAUCAGUUAUUCCUUUUUUGGAUAGGAACGUUGUAUUUGAUAAAUGGCACGUAAAAAGUAUAUAUAACAGAAGAUUAGUAUUAAAAUGAAUGAUACCUGUACAAGUUUGUUUCAAGUUAACCAGCCUCAUUAAAACCCCCUAUGAGCAAAAAACCCCUUUGUUGGGGAAAAAAUUCUCAAGGUGGGAAAAAGAGUACUGGCGAGAUACUUUGUUAUUUAACUGAAAUAUUGUUUCAAAGAGUUGACGUUCCAUGUGCUUGGAAUUUGUGUGCCAUCUAGUUGCUCUAGCCUAUAUGCUCCUCGGCCUAGUACCUCAGAAACUCGGUAUGGGCCAUCCUAAGUGGCGGCGAGCUUUCCAUGAGAAGGGGGUCGUCGAGCUUGUUCAGUUUUCCGUAGUACUAAGUCUCCGUUGUUGAAUGCUCUUGGAACCACGUUCCGAUCAUAUCGUCGGCCUACCUGUUGUUGUAGGGCUCUGUGUCGAACUGCUGCUGUUUCUCUAAUUUCUUCAAUUAGGUCGAGCUCUGCUUGCCUUGACUUGUCAUGGUCUUCGGCUAAUGUCCGCAUAGAGCCUUGGGAUAUUUCCAUUGGGAUCAUUGCUUCUGAUCCAUAGACCAGUCUGAACGGAGUUUCCUUGGUCGUUGAAUGGGUUGUUGUGUUAUAUGCCCAUAAAACCUCAGGGAUAAGUUCGGCCCAUAGACCUUUUGCGUUAUCGAGCUUUUUCCUUAAUGCUUGCAGGAUGAUCUUGUUUGCCGCUUCUGCCAGGCUGUUGGACUGCGGGUGUUCCACGGAGGAGAAGUGUUGCUUUAUUUUUAAGUUCUGUAAAAAUUCUUUGAAAGUACUGUCAGUAAAUUGCCGACCAUUAUCUGUGACGAUAUGGCCGGGUAUACCAAAUCUAUAAAUUAUAUGUUUCCAUACGAAACUUAUCAUUUGUGAUGAGGUGAUCUUUGCAAGCGGCUGAGCCUCAAUCCAUUUAGAGAAGUAAUCUAUUGCAACUACCAAAAAUUUUACCUGUCUUGGAGCAGUAGGGAAGGGGCCGAGUAUAUCUAUUCCCCUCUGUUGAACGGCCAACUUACCGCUGAGUGGUGGAGAUGUUCGGCAGGCAUAUUAAUGAUCGGUGAGUGUUUUUGACAGUUGUCGCAGGUUCUGACCUUAUGUUUACUGUCUUCCCAUAUUGUCGGCCAAUAAAAUCCCGCUCGUAGAGCCUUCUGUGCCAAGCUUCGAGCUCCUGAAUGUAUACCGCAGAUUCCUUCAUGAGCUUCUGCUAAGAGAAGAUCGGCUUCCUCUCUGUCUAAACAUUUCAACAAUGGUCGAGAAUAUCCUCGCCUAUACAGAAUGUUAUUAAUCAAUGUGAAAAAAGAAGCUUGUCUUCUGAAUUUACCCUUAUUUUCAAUUCCCUCCGGAAUAGUUCCGUUACGGAGGUAUUGAAUAUAAGGCUGUUGCCAACUGUCUUUAGUCAGGGUGUUAAGAAUUUGCUCCGACUCAAUGCUCGGCUUAUCUAAGGUUGAUUGUAAAAGUGUGGCCGUGUGUGCUUGUGUUGUUGCUAGUUUGGAUAGAACAUCUGUCCUAUGGUUCUGUUCUCUGGGUAUGUGAACGAUUUCUAUAUGAGAGAAUUUGUUUAAUAAACUGCGAACGAUUUUUAAAUACUGUGAGAGAACUGGAUCUUUUGUUUGGAAAGUUUGAUUUGUCUGCUGUACGACUAAUAAAGAAUCACAGUAAACCUUUAGAUCAUAAAUGUUUAAAUCAGUGGCUAACCUGAGCCCAGCUAUGAGGGCUUCAUAUUCGGCUUGAUUAUUGCUGGCUUUAAAUGAAAACCUGAGAGAAUGUUCGAGGAUUAUACCAUCCGAGCUUUCUAGUAGUAUUCCUGCUCCUGCCCCUUUAGUAUUUGAGGCUCCAUCGACGAAUAAUGUCCAUAAGUGACCUCUUCCUUCUGGUGGAGUGUUUGUAAAUUCUGCUACAAAAUCGGCUAGAGACUAUGACUUGAUGGAUCCCCUUGGUUGGAAUUAUAUGUCGAACUCAGAGAGUUCAAUUGACCACUUAGUUAGUCGCCCCGCCAGCUCGGGCUUAGAGAGGAUUUGUCUAAGCGGAUGCUCUGUUCGGACGAUGACUGUAUGACUUUGAAAAUAAGGUCGGAGGCGUCUUGCCGAGAAUAUAAGUGCUAGAACGAGCUUCUCAAGCUUUGGAUAUCUAAGCUCUGCAUUCUGUAGUGUCUUGCUCACAAAAUAUAUUGGUUGCUGGUCUUUGCCAUCUUCUUUAACAAGAGCUGAACUCAUGGUCAACUCGGUGACAGAUAAGUAGAUGUAUAAGGGUUCGCCGAGCUUUGGUUUCUGCAAGACAGGUGGCUUGGAUAGGAAAUUUUUCAAGCCCAGAAAUGCUUCUUCACAUUUUUCAUCCCAGGAAAAGCUCUUUGUGUUUUUCUUUAGACACUGGAAGAAGUUGAAAGAUUUGAAGGCCAAGCAUGGUAAGAACCUCGACAAUGCUGCUAAUCUUCCUGUCAACCUUUGGACAUCCUUUGCUGUCUUUGGACUGCACAUAUCAAGUAUUGCCUGACACUUUUCUGGGUUUGCUUCGAUUCCCCGACUUGUCAGAAUGAAUCCGAGGAACUUUCCCCCUUUUACCCCGAAGGCACACUUUUCCGGGUUUAGUCGCAUGUUAUACUGCCUGAUUUGAGCAAAUAUUUCUUCGAGGUCUUGAAUGUGUGAUUGGCCGAUCUUGGUCUUGGCGACCAUAUCGUCGACGUACACCUCGAUAUUUCUGCCUAUUUGUUUGUGGAAAAUCCUGUUCAUCAAUCUUUGGUAUGUUGCCCCUGCAUUCUUUAAACCGAAAGGCAUAACAUUAUAACAAUAAUUUCCGUAUUCAGUUAUGAAAGCUGUUUUUUCUUGGUCAGAUGGAUGCAUAAGGAUUUGAUUAUAUCCCGAAUAUGCAUCCAUAAAACUUAAAGUGUCAUAUCCACAGGAAUUAUCUACUAAUGUGUCUAUGCAAGGUAAAGGAUAAGCAUCUUUUGGACAUGCUUUAUUUAAGUCAGUAAAGUCGACGCACAUGCGCCAUUUACCGUUAUUCUUUUUUACCAUAACGACGUUGGCGAGUCAGGUGGUGAAUCUGAUUUCGCGGAUGAAUUUUGCCUCCAGGAGCUUAUUGACCUCUGCCAUGGAAGCUGAUCGUUUCUCGGCGCCGAGGUUUCUCUUCUUUUGGGAGAUUGGUCGAGCCGCCGGACUAACAGCUAGCUUAUGUGUUACCGAUGAUGGACUAAUCCCCGGCAUGUCCCCUGAAGUCCAUGCGAAAAGGUCGGCGUUUGCACGUAAAAAAUUUGUUAUUUGUAUCUUAGCCUCCUCCUUCAUUGAUGUUCCGAUGAAUGUGAAUUUUGAUGGAUCGUCGGUUAAGGCGACCUUUUGAAGAUCUUCAUUUGGCGUAGGGCGUUCAAGAAAAUCGGCCCUUGGAUCUAAUUCUGUCAAGAUUGGUCGCUCAGAUUGAAUUGAGUUAAUCCGAGCUUCAGUGUUUCUUUUGAUAGGCUUCAGGCUUAUGUUAUAGCAUUGCCGAGCUUCCUGGAGGUCACCGUGUAUGGUUGCAAUUCUACUAUCCUGCACAGGAAACUUGACACAGAGGUGAUAUGUAGAAACAAUAGCAGCAAAUUUGUUUAAAAAAGGUCUCCCUAAAAUAACGUUAUAAGGGCUGAAACAGUCUACGACUAGGUACUGGAUGUCCUGUGUUUUGGAUAAUGGUUGUUCACCCAGUGUGGUUUGCAACCAUACCGACCCCAGGACAGGGACUCGCUCUCCUGAGAAUCCGACGAGAUCUCCUGAAUAUGGCUGCAAAAUAUUAGUGCUCAAUUUCAUUUUUUGAAAUGUUGCAAAAAAAAGUACAUCAGCACUACUCCCUAGAUCGAGCAAUGUUUUCCGAACAAUGAGGUCGCCUAAUUGGAUAGAGACGACUACAGGGUCGUCGUAGUUGGUGUGUCUGGAGUUGAAGUCUGUAGGGCGAAAUGUCAGCUCUGGAACGUCUGGAAUUAGUUCCAAGUUUUGAUCAGCGCUUUCUACCAUUAACAUAGCCCGGUAUGUUCGCUUUCUGGCCGAACUGGAACUUCCACCACUGGCGUAACCUCCGGAAAUACAGUUUAUUACCCCUCGUGGUUGAGCUGGGGCCUUAUCUUUUUCUUUUGAUGACUGGCCUGCGGAGGGUUGUUCGGAAUGGGAUGCUGCUCUUUUUUGCAUAUGACCUGUGAUGAAUUUAUCGAGAUGGCCUUGACGAGCUAAUCUUUCGAGGAGGUCUUUGGCAAUUACACACUCAUCGGUUGUGUGUCCGUGCUUCUGGUGAAAGGUGCAGUAUUUUGACUUGUCAAUGUUUUUGGGCUCGGGGUAAUGUCCUGCCUUGCGGGGCGGUUUAAUCAGUUUGGAAUUCAGAAUUUCCUUAAUGAUGUCAUCCCUCUUGGUGUUAAACUGAGUGUAUGACUCGUAACGGGGGAUCGGUUUGAAACCCUUUUUGGUAUCCCGAGCUUUUUCGUCGUCUUUAAAGGUGGGCUUCUCUGACUUACGUGCCUGGCACAGCUCUUCGAUAUCUAUCUGCCCCUUGGCCUUUUCGCGGAACUCAGCUAGAGUCUUCGGUUUAGAUACCGCAAUAGUUUCUUGGAAUUUUCCUGGUCGGAGGCCGCUUUUAAUGGCGUGAAGAUGCACUUCGGGAUGGAGAUCCGGAAUACUCAUGGCAACCUUAGUGAACCGGGUUAUAUAAUCCUUUAAACUCUCUUGCGGGCCUUGCUUGAUGGUUGUUAAAUAAUCUGAGUCGUGGAGGUAUAUGGCCGAGGCUGCAAAAUGGUCCUCAAAUUGUUUGGCUAGCUCCUGAAAGCGUGAGAUGGAAUCUGCAGGCAAAGAACAAAACCAGUCAAGUGCAGGACCAUCUAAAAAAUAAGGAAAACAUCGGCAUAAAAUAGGAUCAGAGGCACCGUUGACAAUCAUGAUUGAUCGGAAUUUUUUAACAUGCUGUUUAGGGUCUCCCAGCCCGUCGUAUGGAGUUAAUGUGGUCGGCAGGGUGAACUGCCUUGGUAGCUGGAAAUUCAUUAUCUCGGCUGUGAAUGGUCCUACAGAGUUGUCGGGGUUUUCCCCCUCAUCCUCGGGCUCUUCAUUCUGUGGCUCCUCGUCAUCUCCAUGCUGUGGUGUGUCAGAGACGUGGGUUGGCAACGAUCGCCGUUCGUCAUUCCCGUGUUCGCGGUUAUCAUUAUUAUGCUCCAAGCGAGCUUGUUCCAAUUGUGCGAUUUGAUUUUGUGACUGUACCGAGCUAUUACUCGCCAAACAAAGCUCAACCUGUUCUCCUCAGAUCAGGCCAAGCUUGGGGGCUGUGGUAUGAACGGGUAAAAAGUCGGUUACGAGUUAUAGCUCGGUAACGCAUAUUCAUAAUCAUUAUAGCUCAGUAACGUAUAUUCAUAAUCAUAGCUGAUCACUAUAAUUAAGUCGGCAUUCACCUCCUUCUUAUAACGUCGGAUAUACGAAUUAAUGGUCAGACGUUAUCUAAAAAACGGCCAUUUGCGACCGACCAUAUAAAAGGCAAAAAAUAGAAGCUAAAAAGGUAAGCCAUUUCGAUCUGAGAAUAAGCAGAUACUUGAAAAUUUCUCUUACUGACUUAAGCAUCAGAGUGCCUUUGCAGGUACCCACCACCUCGGUUCCAACCGCCACGUUUUGUGUUCGGCUAGAAAAAGUUCACCCGACCUAUUCCGGAGGACGAGUUAUAUCCGGCAUCAACAGGUAAGGACAAACCUGCUCCACCAAGACCCGACCAAAUUUGGGCUGCAAGCUAAAUCUUAAUGUGGGAAUCUCCCCUUCUGAUUUGGAGAAUAAGCGACUUGGGAGUUCCCAACAUGACUUAGCUCCCAAGUUAGUAACUGCCUACAUCUCUAGCCAAGAGCUUUAAAAAGAUACACUUCUAUGUGGAUGAUCUAGAUUCAUACAAUAAGUGCCCUUCAUAUCAUGGCUUCGUCUUCAUCUCAGAUAAAAUAUGAUGUCUUUAUCAGUUUUAGAGGUUUAAACACCCGUCGCGGUUUUCUAAGCCAUUUGCUUAAGGCAUUAAGGGAGAAACAAAUUGAUGCAUAUGUGGAUGACAGGCUCAAAGAAGGAGAUGAGUUAUUGCCUGCCCUUUUUACAGUAAUUGAGAAAUCACAAAUUGCAUUGGUUAUAUUUUCCAGCGAUUAUGCUUCUUCAAAAUGGUGUUUGGAAGAGCUUGUCAAAAUAACAGAAUGCAUGAUAGAAAAUUGGCAAAUUGUAAUACCUAUCUUCUACAAUAUAGAUCCAUCAGAUGUACGACGUCAAAAGGGGUGCUACCAAAAUGCAUUUGUUCAUCAUGAAAAAUGUUUCAAAGACAACAUCAUGACUGUAGAAAAAUGGAAACUUUCCUUGAAAAGAGUUGCCAAUUUAUCAGGAUUUCAUUCCAUAAAUUUCGGGACUGAAGCUGAACUUAUUGAGAAAGUUGUACAAAGUGUGUUAACAAGGUUGAAUUACAUGCCCCAAAUUGAGUUCAAAGGUCUUAUUGGAAUCGAUAAACCAAUUGAUGAGCUUCAAUCAAUGAUGUCAUGCACUGCGUCGAAAGAUGUUCAUAUUAUAGGAAUUUGGGGUAUGGGUGGUAUUGGUAAAACCACUAUAGCCAGUGCGUUAUUUAAUAUAUUAUGCUCUGAAUUUGAAGGUUGCUGUUUUGUUCCAAAUGUCAGAGAACAAUCAGAGAAGAAUGGGAUAAUCCAACUAAGAGAUAAACUUCUUUCCAUAUUGUUAGAGGAAAAAGAUCUAAACAUUGGUGCUAAUGGAGUACCAAGUUAUGUUUUGAAGAGACUUGGUCGCAAGAAGAUUCUUGUUGUUCUUGAUGAUGUUAAUAAUCCAGAUCACGUUCAAAACUUAGUUGGAGGACAUGAAUGGUUGGGUCAAGGUAGCAGAAUCUUCAUCACAACUAGAGAUAAGCAUGUGAUUUGUAAAGAAGCCGAUGAUAUUUAUGAAGUUGGGGCAUUGGAACACCAUGAAGCUUUGCAACUUUUAAAUUUGCAUGCCUUCAAUGGAAGGAGCCUACAAAUGAAUCAGCAUAAUCUUAUGACAAAAGUAGUUGAUUAUGCCCAGGGAAUCCCCUUAGCCUUAAAGGUGUUAGGGACUUUUCUUUCUGGAAAAAGUGCUGAAGAAUGGGAAAGUCAAUUGCAAAAACUUGAGAAAAUGUCAUUCAACGAAAUCCAAAAUGUUUUGAGAUUAAGUUACGAAGGACUAGAUCGAGAAGAAAGCAACAUAUUUUUAUAUAUUGCUUGUUUUUUCAAAGGAGAUGAUAACAUUAAAAUUUUACUGGAUGCAUGUGGUUACUCAACAGCUAUUGCUUUGAAAACUCUUCAUGACAGAGCUCUUAUAAUUGUUUCAAAAGAUGGAAAGCACGUAACCAUGCAUGAUUUGAUUCGAGAAAUGGGUCGAGAAAUUGUUCGUCGGCAAAACAUUGAAAAAUUUGGGGAACGAAGUCAUUUAUGGGAUCCUAUAGACAUAACUCAAGUACUAAAGCAGGACCAGGGGACUGAUCGUAUUGAAAGCAUAACCUUCAACAUGUCAAGUGCUCCUGAUCUGAGGUUAAAUCGUCAUUCCCUUGCAAAAAUGAAAAAUCUUAACUUUCUGAGAUUCUAUUCAUAUGAUACAUAUGGGGUACACCUUCCAGAAGGCCUUGAAAAAUUGCCAGACAAACUAAAACUUUUCCACUGGGAUGAUUACCCAUUGGAAUCCUUGCCCACCAAAUUUAAUGCAGAGAAUCUUGUUGAACUUGAUAUGCAAGGAAGUUACGUCAAAAAACUUUGGAAUGACAUACAGAAUUUGGCUAAUCUAAGACGCAUUGAUCUUGAUGGAUCCAAGCAAUUGAUAGAGCUUCCAGACCUCUCCAAAGCCUCAAAUCUUGAAACAUUAUCACUUUGUGACUGUGAAAAUUUGUGCUCUGUUCAUCCAUCUAUUUUCUUCCUCCAAAAACUAAUUCAUGUGGACCUAGAGCGUUGUAUAAAGUUGAAGAAACUUCCAGGUAAGUGUAGCAGCAGCAGUAAGGUUGAACACUUGAACCUGUCAGGAUGCAAGAGUCUAAAGCAUCUGCCAGAUAGCACAUCCAAAUUAGAAUUUCUUAAAGAGCUUUACCUUGAAGGAUGCCAGCAACUUGACACAUCAAACCUACACAUUUUAUUUAGUGGGUUAUCAUCAUUAGAAAGGCUCAAUUUGGGUCGGUGCCAUAACUUGGAUAAACUACCAGACAAUGUCAACAACUUAUCAUUGUUAUGUUGGUUAUCAGUAAAGGGAACUAAUGUGAAGAGCUUGCCAGAGAGCAUCAAACAUCUUCGAAAGUUGAGAUCUCUCUACUUGGGGAGUUGUAGGAGGCUUCAAUCAUUGCCUGAGCUUCCACCUUUUAUACAAUACUUGGAAGUCAGUGAUUGCACAUCCUUGAAAACAGUGUUCACUCCAACACCUAAAAUGCUCAAACAACACGUCAAACUGUUCAAGAAACAAAUAAGUGAAGAUGACUUCAGGAGGUAUGAAAGUGGGCCAGAUUAUUUUAACACAUAUUUUUCAUUUGAGAAUUGCCCAAAUUUGGAUAGGAAUGCACUUCGUGUUCUUUUAAUAUAUCUUGGACACUACAAUAAGGAGAAGAGAGCAGUUAUGGAAAAGCAAAUUGAGAAAAGGAGAGCAUCCUCAUAAACGAUUUGCAUGCUCACCUAUUUGUUAAUUAUUGUUACAUAAGUUAUAUUAUAUAGAAUUGUUAGUUAUAGCUCUUUGUAUACACUAUUAUGUUCAUUUUUUCUUUUUUCAUAUCUUUCUCUGUUUCUUCCAUAUUUGUUUUAAGAAGAAAACACCCAAGUUAUUUUAUUUCUAAAAAAUGUUAUA